ACUGUGGAAGAACCGUUGAGCUGAGCCGAGCAGGGAGAAGGACGCGAGAGCAGCAUGGAGACGGCGGAGAGGGGCAUCACCGUGUGCGUGACCGGCGCGGGGGGCUUUGUGGCAUCGUGGCUCGUCAAGCUCCUCCUCUCCACCGGCCGCUACACCGUCCGGGGCACCGUGCGUCAUCUCGGUGAUGGCAAGAAUGCCCAUCUUAAGACACUGGAAGAUGCUGAGGAGAGGUUGCAGUUGGUCAAGGCUGACAUGCUGGACUAUGGCAGCGUUGCGUCCGCGGUCGCCGGCUGUCAGGGUGUCUUCCAUGUCGCGAGCCCUGUCCCCUCCGGCAAAUCCUCCAACCCUGAGGAAGAUGUCAUAGCUCCUGCUGUAACUGGCACACUGAAUGUGUUGAAAGCUUGCUAUGAGGCCAAAGCGAAGAGAGUUGUUGUGGUAUCUUCAGUGGCGGCUGUGUUCAAUAAUCCUGACUGGCCUAAGGGCGAGGCCUUUACUGAGGAUAGCUGGUCAGAUGGGGAAUAUUGCAGAAAAAAUGAGGAAUGGUAUUUCCUUUCUAAAACAUUGGCAGAACAUGAGGCUUUUGCUUAUGCAGCCAAAACUGGGCUAGACAUUGUAACUAUUUGCCCAUCAUUGGUAAUUGGACCUUUGUUGCAACCUGCAGUAAAUACAAGUGUUAAAGUCUUCCUCAGUUAUAUCAAAGGAGAUCAGGAGAUAGUUAAAGAUGGACCCAAAAAUCUUGUGGAUGUUCGUGAUGUCGCUGGUGCCCUUCUGUUGGCUUACGAAAAUCUGCAGGCAUCAGGACGAUACCUCUGCAGUUCACCAGCAAUAAGAGUCUCUGAUAUUGUAAACAUACUGAAGACCGAAUAUCCAACAUACACUUACCCUCAAAAAUUCGUUGAAGCGGAAGGUAGCAACACAUACAACACGGAGAAGCUUCGGAAGCUAGGGUGGACCUCUAGGCCCAUGGAGGACACCCUCCGAGACAGCAUCGAAUGCUACAGAGCUAUGGGCAUCCUGAACUGAGCUUCCCUUCAGCUUUGGGCUUUGGCUGCUGCUGCUGCUACUACUUUUCAGUUUCUUUCUUCUUCAUGUAAACAGUGAAUCAGAAAUUCAGAAUACGCUGGUAUAGGAACUAGAGAAGUGGAUCAUGGAAGAUGCUGCUGCUAAAAAUGAAUUUGGAUACUAUCCAUCAUUUGUGCCUGCCGGAUUGAGGGCAAAUUAAUUAAGUACUUAUAUUUGUAAAUCUGGGGCCGUCGAACUGAACCAACAAUGAAGAGGUGAAGAACACAUCGAAGUGGUAGAUGAGUGCAUUGCUGUGAA